AUGUCAUCACAAAUCCAAGCCUCAAGGCUGCUCGGGGCGCUGGCCAUGACUUCUGGAUUGGCCAUGGCAUCUCCAUCGCUCAUGCCAACCCCACCUAUGGGCUUCAACAACUGGGCACGCUUUGAAUGCGACUUGAAUCAGACUCUCUUUACCACCACUGCUGAUGCAAUGGUAAAGAACGGCCUUUUAGUGGCAGGUUAUAACAGGGUCAAUAUGGAUGAUUGCUGGAUGGCAACCAAGAGAGCGGCUAACGGAACGCUUCAGUGGAACACCACCAAGUUCCCUGACGGUCUUCCGUGGCUAGGAGACUAUCUCCAUGACCGGGGUUUUCAUUUUGGUAUUUAUGAAGAUGCAGGCACAUCAACCUGUGGUGGAUUCCCUGGCUCCCUGGGUUAUGAGGAUAUCGAUGCGGAAACAUUCUUUUCGUGGGGAAUCGACUAUUUGAAACUUGAUGGGUGCAACGUCCCGACACAAUCCGGGCUAACAUCCGAAGAGACAUAUAAAUCGAUAUAUGGAAAAUGGCACACGAUCUUCUCUAACAUGUCAGACCCGCUAAUAUUCUCUGAAUCUGCCCCGGCUUAUUUCUGUGGCGAGAAGAAUCUCACUGAUUGGUAUACGGUCAUGGACUGGGUUCCAGUGUAUGGUGAGCUAGCUCGGCACUCGUAUGAUAUCGCCACCUAUGGAAGUGAUGGAAGCACCUGGGACAGUAUUCUUUUAAACUACGGUCAGGAAGUCUUGGUAGCUCGUUAUCAGAAGCCGGGCUACUUUAACGACCCGGAUUUUAUAAUCCCAGACUGGCCGGACCUAACAAUCCACGAGAAACACUCGCAAUUUGCACUCUGGGCCUCAUUUUCAGCACCGCUCAUAAUCAGUGCAGAUGUGCCCAGAUUAACCACCGAAGAUUUAAACUACCUGACCAACUCCGAUAUCAUUGAUGUUGACCAAGAUAAACUGGGUCUUCAGGCUACCUUGGUCAGCCAGGAUGGUACCAGGGACGUUCUGACAAAAACUCUUUCCAAUGGUGAUCGCCUUCUGACGGUUCUCAACAGAGGAAACUCCUCUAGCGACUUCACAAUUGAUAUUCCUCGGCUAGGAAUUACACCCAAACACAACUCUACAUGUGCUCUUGGUAUAAAAGACUUAUGGACCGGGAAAUACACCAACUCGUCUUCUUCCAUUGUUAUUUCUGAUAUUCCUCCUCAUGGUACAGCCAUCUUGAGAAUCGCCCGCCAAUCCCCAGGUUGCGGGGACAUUAUUCCAACAGGAAUGAUUUUCAACACAGCAUCGCUAAACUGUUUACAAGUAGCUCCUAAUGGCUCUGUAUCUGCCGUUGUAUGUAACAGUGAUGAUGGACAAGUUUGGCAUGUCCAAAAAGACGGUAGCAUAAGGAAUAUCGCAGCAGCCACUCAAUGUUUAACGGAAAAGUCGAACGGAGUCGUAUCUUUUGGCACUUGUCAAACAGGCGACAAAUCACGGAAUUGGACAUAUCACCUCAAUGGAAACGUGAUAAAUACUGCUUCUGGUCAAUGCUUGACAGAACUGAAAGGCGGUUCUGUUGGUACGACUACAUGUCAACACGAUGCCAACAGUCAAGUAUUCGGACUGCCCAGUGGUGUAGAUGUACUGUGA